UCAGAAAACAAAUGGGUGACAGAACUUGAUAGGGCAACUUUACAAAAUAAUAAUCUUACUGAGCAGUUGAGUGGUUUAGCAAAUGAAAUGAAAUCAAAGGAUAGCAAAAUCCAGUCUUUGCAGCAAGAGCUGGAUCUUAUAAAAGAGGAAUUAAGUCGAAGUGUAUCUCCAUUACUUAGCAGUAGGCUUUUAAGUAAAGAAGAGGCGGCACAGACUUCAGAUUCGGAACUGCAGCUAACUGAUAGUAAAAUUCAGUUGGAAAAACUCUCCGCUCUGGUAACCACUAUUUUGAGCAAAGAAACAGAAGGAGAACAAUUGCAACUGGCACUUUUAGAAAAACAGAAAGAAAUAGACAUCAUGAAAGACGAAUUAAAAAGUAUGCAGGCACGUGAGAAGCAGAAGGAGUUGCUACAUAAUGAUAUUGAAAAGGUGAAGGACAAAUACAAAUCUGAAAUUGAGUGUCUGUCAGAAGAAAUGGUCACAGUCAAGGAAACGUUAUGUAAACAACAGUCUCUCUUGCAAGAAAGGGAAGAGUCUUUUGCAGAAAUAAAUAAGCAGGUUGAAUUUCUUCAAGACAAGAUAAAUAAAUCAGAAGAAAUAGCAAGAACCAGUCAAGAAAAGCUGCAUGUCGAAGGUAACAAAGUAACAAGUCUCCUUGAAGAAAUGGGAAAAAAAGAUCAACUCAUCGAAAACUUAACUUCCCAGGUAAAUCAGCAGAAGGAUUUAGUUUCUAGUCUAAGCCAGCAACUGAAAGAGAAGGACUGUUCUGUUACCCAGAUCAUGGAAUCAUUGUCUAAUGAAAUGCUUCAUUUUUCUGAAGAGAGAAGUACAUUAAAUGCCAAACUGCAAGACCUUGAAGCUGUUCAUAAUAAUUCUGUAGGAGAACUAAACCGAGUAUUGCAGGAACUUGAGGACUGUAAGAAAGAAUUGGAACACUCUCAGGUUACGUUGAGCAGUAGAGAAGCCAUGUUUCAGGAUUUAAUGAAUGAAAAAGAGGAGAUGCAGUUUAAUCUUGAGAAAAUGGGCAAGGAAAAAGAGAAUCUGAAAAAGAAACUUCAGGCAGCUUUGAUAAUAAGAAGAGAUCUAAUGCAAAAAGUUGGAAAACUAGAAAAGAGUGGACAGGAAGAAAUAGAAAAAGAGCAAAAAAAAGCAGAGGAGUUGUUGAAGAAAGUUAAUGAGUUAACAGACAAGCUGCAGCUGGUUGAAGUACUAAAUAAAGAUUUUGAGUCUCAUCUUGGAACUUUGAAGCAACAACUUUUAGAAAAAGAUGCCAAAAUAACUGAGUUGACUGAAAUUUUGUCUGCAAAAGCCUCCUACUUAGAGGAACUUCAGGACAAUAUUGCAAAACUGAAUGAUGUCAUUGCUGAAAAACAAACUGUAUGUGAACAGAACCUAAAAUUUUUAGAGGAAAAGGACUGCAUACUUGCUCAUAUGCAGUCUGUGUUCGAUGAAAAAGCAAGUGCAUAUGAAAAGGAACGUUCUCAGCUGCUCUUGGCUCUUGAAAAGGCGAAGUCUGAAGUUAAGAAGGAAGAAUUGUUGAAAAAUUCCAGUUCAGAAGAGCCUGAUUUAAGUGCUGAUGAUAGCACUAAGUGUCUGACCCCCAACAAUGACAUUAAUGUAAUGAGUCAAUUAAAAAAAGAGAAAGAAGCCUUAGAGAGGGAGCUUUUGGUCCAGAAAGAAGAUAUUAAAAAAAUUCAGAAAGAAAGGGAAAUGCACACUAAACUUGCAGCAGAUUUUGAUGAACAAAAAAACUACCUUGAGAAUCUCAAACAAGAACAUAAAGCACUCUGGGAAAUUCUUCAAACAAAAUGUGAAGAACUGGAGUGUAAUCAGUUAGAAAAGUACCCUCUAGGGAACGAGCUGGCUUCACUUAAGGCAGUGCUGGGGAAAGAAGCAGCUGGUUUAAGGAAUUUGGAACCAGACAAACCAAGAAGCAAGGUUGAGGUUCCAUCCUUAAAAGAGUCAGAAAACAUGAUCACUUUAGUGACAAGUAAAGACACUGAGUUAAAAGAGCUAAGAAGUAAUUAUGCAAAACUUGAGGAGGAAACAGAACUGUUAAAGAACGAGUUGAGAAAAAUAGCAGUUGAAUUUGGUGGUGAAAGGGAAGAAACAGUCAAUAUGAACUCUGUAAGACAGCAGGAGCAGUACCAGGAGCAAUAUAAGGGCAGCUUGUUGGAGGACAUAAAGCAGCUACGGAAGAAGCUGAAAGCAUAUGAGGCUGAAGCUAUGGACACUAAGACAGCGCUUGAACGUGUGAGUAAUGAGAAAGAAGCACUUAUGAAAAAGAAUGAAGAGGAUUACAAGAUGAGCCAGGAGAAACUGCAGAGAUUGAGAAUUGAAGCUAAGGAGGAGGUUGCAGAAAAGAAUGAGGAAAUAGAAGCAUUGCGUUGUUCAAGCAAAGAACUGUAUCAGAAGAGAAAAGCGCUGAGAGAAAAUAAAAGUCUGAAAGACCAGAUCGAUAAGCUGAUGUUGGAAAGAGAAGAACUGGUGAACAAGACAGGGAUGCUCGAACACUUGUUAGAGCUUGGUAGAGAAAAACAAAGUUCAAGUGCUGUUGCUCCACUGUCUGAAGAGGAGAGCCUUGUUUCUGAAAAUGCUAGGCUGUUGACUGAAAACGAAAACCUCAGCGCGGCAUGUGAAAGCCUUAAAUCCACCAUGGAGACUAUAGUUCAGGAAAAAGAGGCCUUUUCUUUCCAACUAAAUACAUUAAAAGAUUCUCAGACAGUUGAAUUAACAGGAUGGAAGGCUAAACAUAGUGAAUUAAAGCAGGAGUAUGAAUCGCUUCUUCAGGCAUAUGAGAAUAUCAGUAGUAAAAUAGCAGAUAUGAGGCAAGUUAUUGAUCUCAGUAGAAAAGAGAAGCAAGAAGCUGUUCAAAGGCUCAGGGAAGGAGAAUCUGAGAAGGAGGCUCUUGAGAAGCAUUUACAAAAACUCGUUGAUGAAAAUGAGGUUAUUAAGAAUCAGCUGAAACAACUUGGCGAAUCCAAGGAAAUCGAAGUUGAGGAAUUACAAAGUAAAGCAGAAAGGCAGAUACGUGAGCAAGAGGCAAGGAUGCGAGAGCACCAGGAUCGUCUUCAUGAACUCACUGAACAGAAUCAUCAGCUAAUGGAGGAAAAUGAGCAGCUGAAACAGACUUCUGAAAAUUUAAAGCAGGCUUUAGAGAAAAUUCAGAAUGAAAAUGAUAUCCUCCAUAAUAACAUCACUGUAACCAAAGCAGCCUUGGGAGAGCUCCAAGUUCAAAUGGAAGUGUACCAAAAUGAUAUGCAAUCUAAAAUCAGUGAUGCGUUAUAUGAGAAUGAAUCAUUGUUAAAGGACAUUAAUGCGUUAAAGGAUAAGCUCUCUGAAAAAGAGCAAGAUCUGGACAUGGAACGUAAAAGUCUUACACAAGAAAUUGUUAGUCUAAAUGAAAAAGUUAAGAUUUUAGAGGAUGAUAAAUGUCUGUUACAGGAAGAAUUAGAAAAUGUACAAGAAAGUUCUUGCAAAGUAAAGAACGAGAGAGAAUUUCUUGAGACAGAAUUGCUUAAUCAUGUUAAAAAGGUUGAUCAUCUUACUGAUAGAUUGAAAUCAGCGCAGGUUCAGAAUAACUUGCUGUUACAGCAACUGGAAGAGUUAAAAGCAGAAAAAUGUAAUGUGAUUAGAGAAAAAGAACAACAGCAGUUACAUCUUGUAAAAAUGUUUGAGGAAAAGGUGAAAAGUGCUCAGAGGGAUAAUAACGGAAGUAAAAACAAAACGAAAGAGUUGCAAGAACUCUUAAAGGAGAAACAGCAGGAGAUCAACCAUUUGCAAAAGGAUUCUAUAAAGUUCCAGGAGCUGAUCCUGGAUUUGGAAAGAUCUGUGAAGCUGUCACAGUCCAAAAGUGAAAAACUUGAAAAGGACUUAAGUAAUACAUCAGAAAAGCUUGCGAAGUCAAAUGAAGAAAUACAUCAUCUCAAGGGGAAGCUUUCUUCACAGAUGAGCUUACUGGAUCAGUCAAAGAAUGAAGUGGACAGGCUUACGGAUGAGAAUCGAAAUUGGAGAAAAGAACUUAAGAAGAAAGAAGAUGAACUACAAAUUCAAAAGAAAGAAUAUGAGAGACAAUUGGAAUUUAAUCUUCAACAAUUAAAAUCAGUUCACAAAAGAGAAUUUUUGAAUGUAGAGGAAAGACAUGGUGCCCUUGAGAGAGAAAAAGAUAGGGCAAUUAGUGAGAUUCGUGCUUUGCAGGAGGAAGUUAGCAUUAAGGAGUCUCAAAACAAGAAACUUCAAGCAGAUUUGAAUGCAGCUUUGGCACGAUUGGCUGCCUUUACGAAGUGUAUGUCCUCUCUUCAGGAUGACCGGGACAGGGUAGUCACUGAAAUGAAAACCUGGGAAAUGCAGUUCAAAGAGGCCAUCCAAAAUAAAGAGAAACAGAUCGAAGACAGUAAUAAAAGAAUAAUGACUUUAGAAGAUGAAUUGAAAGACAAAAUUACUCAGAUUCAAGAACUGAGUAUCAAAUAUUCUGCGGUAGAGGAAACGAAGGAUGAGCUGUGUUUGAGGCAAGAAUCUGCUGACAUGCAACGCUAUGAAGAGCUCUGCAGAAUAAAGGAAGAAAAUACCUUUUUUCGUAACAGGCAGCAAGAAUUGGAGAGUAUUCUUCAGUCCAAAGAAGCAGCUUUGCAAGCACUCCUUAAAGAAAAUAAUUCUCUUAAUCAUCUCUUAGAGAAUAGUAGAAGUGCAGGAAGAGAGAUAAAAUCUCUGGAAAGUAAUUUUACAAGGCAGGAACAAGAAUUGCAGCAGCUUCUAGCAGAGAAGGAAAAAAUCAAUGCUGAACUGCAAAAGCAGAUUACCAUUUCUGAGCAAAUGAAGAUCAUGCUGAAUAAUAAAGACAAAGAAAUUUCCUUGCUCAUUUCUUCAAAAGGUGAUGAAAUUUCUGACUAUCUGAUUCAGGUACAGACUCAACACAGAAAACAAAUCAAAGAGUAUGAACUCCAGUUAAGGUCUUUGCAGACAGAGAGGCAACAAUCUGAGGAGUCCUGUCAGAGGAUGGAAAAUGAAUUGAGAAAUCUCCAGAUGAAAGCAGACAAAGCAGGUCAAGAUAAGGCUGCAAUUGCCAGUGAAAUAGAUGCCUUUAAAAAAUCGAUGUCAUCUCUUCAGAAUGAUCGAGAUGAUAUUUUUUCUAAAUACAAAGAGCUGGAACAGCUUCACCGAGAUGUCUUAAAUCAGCGGGACAGUCUUCUAGUUGGCAGCGCAAGUGAGAAUAACGCUUUGAAACAAGAAUUAAGGAUACUUCUCAAUCAGAUAGAUGAUCUUCAUUCUGAAAAUGCAAUGCUAAGUGCACAGCUGAUAAAAUAUAGGGAAGAUCUUAACCAAGUUUUAUCUCUGAAAGACCAUCAGCUGAAAGACUUACUUAAGCAGAAAUUGGAUUGUAUUAAAAGCCUUGAACAAGAAAAAUAUGAUCUUCAGAAACAAAUAAAAGACAUGCAACUUUCCAAUGAACUGCAAAAGGAUACUGCUGUGUCUUUGGAACAUGAAAAUAAAAAAUUAGUGUCUAAAGUAAAUGAUUUGGAAUCUUUAGUUGCAUCAUUAAACAAAGAGAAACUUGUUUCUGAAUCUGGAGGGAAACUGCUAACUAGCGAUGGUAUUCAGAACAAAGAAUGUGUGUCAAAUGGACAGUAUGGAGACAACCUUCAGAAGAAGAUUCAAGAACUCCAGAAAUCAAGAAGUAGAAAUACUAAGGGUGCAGAUGGGGAAUACAAUAAGACUUUUUUGACACUUGAACGUGGAGAUGAACCUGGUGCUUUUGCAGAGAAGAUGAUAUUAGAAGUCCAGUCUCAAAAUAGCGAGCUGAGGUCCCAAAAUGAGGCCUUUGGGAAAGCAAUGACUGCUCUGCAAAAUGAUAGAGAGAGGAUAAUAGAGGACUUAAAGGUACUUCAGAGCAAAUACACUUCUGAACUCAAGACUGAAAAAAAGAAAGGAGAUGAACUUGAAGCUGAAGUGGAUGGCUUUAAAUUGCAUCUUAUCAGUACGCUCAAAGAAAAUGCUCUUCUGGAUCAGGCUAUUUUUGAUGCUGCAGAUAAGGUUACACUUGAUCAGAUUGCUGGUGAAAUUGAAAAUCUCUGUAGGACAUUAGUCAGUCGAGAGAUGGAGGUUACCAGGCUGUCAUCAGAGUGUGGGAAUUACGUUCACCAGAUUGAAGCGUUUUCCAAGGCUAUGGCCAGUCUUCAGGAUGACCGAGACAAAUUGCUGCAGGAACUCAGCAAUCAGAAGAGAAUGCUUAGAGACAUUAUGGAUUCUGAAGUUUUAACUUUUGUAAAUGAGGGGAGUGUGAAGAAAACAUUGUGUGACUAG